CUCGUGUCCACUGACAGAUCCUCCUCGCAACAUGCUACUUUCGAAGGCAAGUUACUGAUACUCACGAUUCAUUAUUCGGUUCUUGUCGCUAUCAUGGGAUCAAAAGAGAUCAUACCGCCAGCCCGCGCGCCGAGAAAGCGAAAGCCCUAUCAGCGAUCCCGUAAAGGCUGCGGUAACUGCAAAUUGAGAAGCGUCAAGUGCGACGAGACUAAGCCGCAAUGUUUGAAAUGCAACGUCUAUGGUGUUGUCUGCAAUUAUGCAUCGACAAUAGCAGACCUCCAAGCGCCCACUCAAGGAGUAGAGACCUGGAAGCUCUCAAAUCAGACCAAUGGCUACAAGAGGCUAUCUAAGAUGCCACUGGAGCCUUUACUUCAGAUCGCUAUCAACUGUGGGACUGGAGCUUCCAGCUUCACGUUGAAUGAUAGAUGUGUGGAUCUGAUGGAACAAUUCCGUGUCACCACCCUGAGAAGCCUUGGUGGACCGAAGUUUGUUGAUCUGGGAGAGAGACUGCUUGCUAAAUAUGCUGUUCAAUAUCCUUUCUUUGCGCAUACCAUACUUGCCGCCACUGCAUUACAUGAGCGGUACCUGAAGUCUCCAAGAGCGACAACGCAGACUCCUUCUGAAUUCUUCCACCAGAACCAAAGCAUCAAGCUCUUCAACGAGGCCUUGUCGAGGCCAAUCGAGCAGGAUGCGAGGGAUCCUCUCUGGGCCACAGCUGGCUUUCUUGGCAUUGUGACCUUUUCUUCUUUCGAUGCAACCUCACCUGAAGAAGCAUGGCCAUUAAAGCCAAACGACCCCUCCGACCUCGACUGGCUGCGAAUGAGCAGUGGCAAGAUGGCUGUCUGGAACUUGACUGAUCCUUUGCGACCCGACAGCAUGUUCCUCGAAGCCGCGCAAGAAUACGCACAAGUAUUCAGCCCUAUCCCUGAUCGUGGCAUCGUGGGCGUGGACCCUCAGCUAGCAGAGAUAUGUGAGCUUGACGCAACAUCUACAAUAAGUAAUCCCUAUUUUGCUGUUGUUCAUGUACUCGCAAGGCAAAGAAGUCUGGAAUACGACAUGUCAACGAAAGGUCGUUGGCUGAACUUCUUGCAUCAUAUGUCGCAGCCUUUUCGGGCCAAGUUGUUCGAGAAAGACCCAAGAGCAAUGUUGCUUCUUGCACUGUGGUAUAAAAGAGCUCGGAAAGCUCUUUGGUGGAUUGAUCGGAGAGCGACAAUAGAGACCGAAGCCAUCUGCAUUUAUCUUGAGAAAUUCUGUAGAGAUGACAUUCGUAUUCAAAGUCUCAUGAGCCGUGAGCUUAAGAGUGAAAGAUCUGUUGAUCCUUGCCAGUGCAGCGAUGAACUCUAGGUUUUUCCAAACCAGAAAAACCUUCCGAUUUUGGCGCGUUUAAAAAUGCGGAGAGCUCGAAGCUCGAAGUCAAAACGUACCUCCUUACAGGCUACGGAGCAUCAGUCGCUCGAAUCAGACUCCAAACAAACUCAACUACGCCACACUGGCAGUUCCAUAGUUCCACAUACGGUCAGCCCUGGACGAACCCCCGGGUCAAUACCACUACCGCUGAACCCUAAUGUAACCGCGCCGCCUUACGUACCGCCUUUUCAUGACUCGCCCCC